GAAAGCGCACAUGUCGCUGCUGUUUCAUCAUGAAGUCUAGAGAGAAUAGGACAUCGGCUUUUGUUACCAGGAAGUGGGUCGCGUUAUUUAUAUUUCAACACUUGCACGACCGGCGUGAGGGAGCGCUGUUAAUGCCAAACUUAUAAUAUCAUUCUGUUAUUUAUACGACUUGCCCGGAUUGAGGAGCUUUCCACUAAAAAUGUAUGGAAACCCACGAUAAAUCAGCGGAAAGACAUUGAUAAAACUCACUUCAAGGACACGGCUGUACGCCAGGUGGCGUUGUAAUGAAGAUCCAUGAGAAGAUACUAACUCACUACCUGUCCUGCACUUCACCUGUCGAUAAAGAGGGAUACCUCUACAAAAAGAGAGAGAGGAACACCACUUAUCUCCGCCGCUGGUUUGUGUUGAAGGGGAAUCUGCUGUUUUACCAGGAGCGUCCAGGCGAUCGUAACCUGUUGGGUGUGAUUGUUCUGGAGGGCUGCAUGGUGCAGGCGUGCGAGACGGAUGGUCAAUUCUGUUUCUCUUUGGUGUUCACGGGACCGGGCCUCCGCACGUAUAGACUAGCCGCUGAUGACCAUCUCAGCCAGGAGAGCUGGAUCGCUGCUUUGUUCUGCGCUAGUCACAUUUACCUUUCCAUGAUUGUCAGAGACCUGGAGAGACGCUACAAAGAAGCUAGAAGAGACAAAGGCCUUUGUGAUUCCAUCCAGACCUCUGCAGUGACGUCUACACCCAAUGAGAUAAUGGCUUCCUGGAACACAGGACAACCCUUUUUCGUACAUGGGACAUCCAUAGUGCCCCGAGAUGGGCGGAGCUACAGCACCAGUUCCAUACCAUCUCCAUCCGUGCCGAACAGACCCAUCAGCUAUAGUCUUCAUGCUCCUCCUAUUCAAUUCAAGACUACCAAUAAGCGAUCUCCAAAGCUCUGGCCCAAGAGAAAUGCCCACGUCACACCCUUAAAUGGUCCGGCACCAUCUUAUGGGGAGUGGCCUGUUGUGAACUUUGAUCCUUUGGAAGACUUUAGUAAACUGCAUGAGUACUAUGGAAAAGAGGUUAAGCAACUAAGAGCUGAUUGGCUGAAGAAGAAGCGUGAGGAAGUGGGAUAUGUUGCAGAGGACCUCAUUGAUCUUGGCUAGAUUAUCACAUAUAUUUGCAUUUGUUCAUGUUGUCGCCUACAUGGUAAAUCCUGUUCUAAAGCAAUAGACUUAUGAAUGUAUUAAGGAUGCAGUACAUGUGAUGCUGUACUAGUAGAAUCCCACCGUCUUUUUAAUUUUAUGAAAGUAUGCAGAUUAGUCCUGAGUCUGACUGACACUGAUCUUGUUGCUUUUUUGGUGAGGUUUCUCAUUUCCUCUCUGUGGUCUCUCAGCCUAGUUCCUUCUCACUCGAAUUGUCACAAAAAAGACCCAAACCACCAGUAGCUUUACCCCCAUCUACGUGCAGACAUUUACGAUACAAAGUUCAUAUUGGAUCCAAAGUACUUCAGAUACUGUUAAAUGACGUUUGAUUAGAUAAUAUGUUUUACUUGUAGAGCUGUGAAUGCGUGAUGAUAAUAACUAAUAUUUAAUUUAUUGUUAAAUCUUUUAAAAUAUGAUCUUGUGAAGAGGGCAGCACGGGUGGCUGUUUAGUUCUGCCUUACCGAACUCGUUUCACACAGUUCAGGAGGUUUCAUAAACAAACUGAAAUACACGCCCUUUCUAUUCUUCCUCUUUCACAACACCUCAGUUCUUUUGGGAUGUAAGAUGUGCCUUUUUUCUGUUUUUAGUUGACUCAACGUAUUUAAACAAAUAAUUUAAAAAGUAACAGUUUUUAUGUUACAGUCGUAUCGGUAAACAUCAAAAUAAACUGUAAAGUUUGUAUGCAUAAACAUUUCAGAAGUGCAGUUCUUUAUACUGUAGGUCACCAGAGGGCACUGCACUUUACCAACAGUACUACUACCUUUAUUCAGCCUUGCUUCAGGCAAAGGGUCACUAGUUGCUUCACAUCUAAUAAUAUAUAUUAUCCUAUAUGUAAUUACACAUGGAUGUUAUCAGUUUUAUUGUAUAAACGUUUUGUAUAUUCACUGUUUCUAUGACCAUCAUGCUCAAUGCUUUGUCCUAAUUUAACAAAGAUCAAUUUUGUUAUAAUA